ACCGAAUGAUUGACAGCGAUCUCGCAAUUGUAUUUAUCAUCAAAGAUUUUUUCGCCUCAUUCUUUUAAACUUGGCAUUGUAUUUUUCCUUCAACAUGGCGAGUGACGAGACAACACCACUUCUCCCUCAAAAGGGGGAAGGUAAAGGCAGAGUGAGAAAUUGGAUAUCGAGAGCUUUCAAUGUUGAGAAUCGCAUUUUACUUGCGGGGUUCCUCAUCACGCUAUCGUUUAGUUUUACCCAAGUUCCAUUGUUUUAUGUCUUUCAUUUGAUGACUUGUGAUUCGUUUUAUGAGACGCAUCCUCCAUAUGAUGGGCCGGGCGAUCGGUGCAGUCGGGAUGCAAUUGCGGCUGCAACAGCAACCCAAUACAGUAUUCUUGGCAUGUCGACUACCUUUUGUGGAACGCUGAAUCUCUUUGUUGCGGGUUGGACAUCGAAAAAGUUUGGACCGCGAGCGGCUCUUCUGUGUCAGAUCCUCAUCCCAGCAGCUCGCGUGGUCACACAAAUUUUGGGAGUCGUAGCGGGGGGAGAAAAAGGAAUGAUUAUUAUUCAAGCGACUCAAUUAAUUACAAUCUUGGGAGGACCAGCUGGAUACAUUCUUGUUGUUAACGUCAUUGCUGGAGAAGUUGUAGAACCUAUCAGACGAACAGCAGUAUUUGGACAGCUUCAAGGCGCCAUUAUGUUAGGCCAGGCGAUUGGCUACUUGAGUGGUGGUAUGAUAGGUGACGCGAUUGAUAUCCGAGCUCCUUUCGACGUUGCGUUCAUCUCCUUCAUCCUCGCGGGUAUCUACGUCUGGUGCGCCUUACCAUAUAUUUCUCCCGAGUCAAUGUCCAAUGGAGGAAAGAACGGUCAAAAAGGCGUCUCUGGUUUUCUCGCGCCGCUCAAAAUUCUCACACCGCAGAGAUUACGCCUCGCUGAUGGAAGAGUCAAGAAGCAUUUCGGCGUCAUCUUCCUCUGCAGCGGCAUAUUCGUUUCUGUUCUCGCCACAGGUUAUGCACCUCUUCUCAUUCAGAUGUAUGCAACAGCGGCGUUCAACUUUAGUCAAGGUGAUAACGGCUGGCUCAUGUCUGAGUUUGCGUUCAUGAGGAGCUUCUUCCUGAUUCUGCUGUUCCCAAGGAUCAUCGCUUGGGGACGAGGCCGUGUUAUCAGAUCUGAACCAACCAGUGAUGAUGAGGCAGAACCGAGGCAUAUUCCAACGGAAGCUGGGGAGUUCGAUGCUACGUUGGGUGAACAGACUGACCAUGAGCCAUAUGAAGCAGUCAGCUCCAACAAAGAAGACGAGGGAUGUCUCUUUGAUCUUGUAUUCCUCAGAUGGAGCUUGUUAGUGGAUGGUCUGCUUACUACAGUUGCCGCCUUUGCGACUAAGCCGUGGCAUAUCUAUCUUGCUGCCUUUCUUCUCCCAUUCGGUUCCGGAUCAGCGCCAGCGGCAAAGGGUGUCAUCACUCAGAUGUGUCCAGACUCUCAGCGCGCCGAUGCUCUCAACGCUGUCACUCUGGUUGAAAACGUAGCACGAUUAGCUACGCAGGGCCUGUUUGGUUUCAUCUUUGCCAGCUUGGCUGAGGUUGGCAAAGCAUAUGCAACUUUCUUCUGCAAUGCGGUGAGUCACUACUUUACCGAAAUUCCUUCAUCUAAGCUAAUCAAAGACCAGGCCAUCGCUCUACUGGCCAUGGUAGUUCUGUUGUUCUCCAACUUUCCACCGCCAGGAAGCACAUUGAUUGAGAAGUAUGAAGAACAGGACGAAGUUCAGAAUGAGGGCAGCGAAGGCGAACCUCUCCUCAAUGACAGGGACUAAAGCAUUUACAGCUUUUCGGACACUAACAAAACAGGGGGAGGAAAUAAUUGGAGAAGUGACCACGAGAAUGACACAAUGAGUUUUAUAUGCAUAGUUGAACGGCGUUUAAAGGGCAUGAUAAAAGGUUGGAAUAAAUAGAAAUGACUUCCUUCUGGUACUAUUCUUCUGUAUCCUCUGAAUCAAGAUUCCUCGUAACACUUCUUCGAGUAUGGAUUCCAUUGUAUAAGGCCUUCGAUGAAAGGAAUUCAGGCCCUCUCUCUGUUCAGCAUCCAUUCAAGAGCUUGCAAGAAAAUAAUCCA